AUGGUGGGGUCAUCGAGAUCAUUAAUACGGCUGCUUGAUACAGUUUUCAGCAGCUGGAAGGACAGUACUGAGAUAUCAAGCAAUAAACAGGAGGACUCUCCUGAGGUUGUAGAACUAUUGAAUGUAAUAACCAUAUUCCAUGAAAAGCAUAAUACCCUACAAUCCAUUAAGCAAUCUGCCAACUUAAUUAAUGAAUUGUUCCGAAUAUAUGAUGAAUACGUUAAGCCUACCCCUAAUCUUGGCAAAGAAAUCUUCUUUUUAGAGAUUUUGACGCAACUUUGGCCAUUCUUUAUAGAAGAUGAUGCAUUGCUUUGGCUCGAUACUUAUUUAAAGCCGGCUGUAGAUAGCGCCGGGUUUGAUUUACAAUUUGUAUAUAAAUCUCGUUCUUUUAUAAAAAGAAUGACUACUGAUGUAAUGAAGACGGACGAUCCAUUUUUGGCUGCGAGAAGGGAGAAAAUUGGCCUUCAAGUUAUAGAUAAAAUAGUGAAGGUGUACUUGGGUGGAGCUGCUGAUAGAAGAAAGAUCAUAAACAUCAAUGAAAGAGAAGCGGACGUAAAUUCUCAAGAAUUCCUGGAAAAGUUGAGGUAUAUUAAGAUGAAUUGCACAAACAUUAUAAUAGAGUACGGAUUGAAGAAUACCAAGAGUCUAAUACUGAUCUUGAACGCCUACUUAUUGCAACUGAAAGAUCGCCUUGGCGCUUUAUCUUUACUUUCCAAUCUCGUGGCCGAUGAAUCAUCUCAAACGUACGAAAUUAUAAAUACCAACCUAUUUGGGAGUCUUUUGAAGUCUUUAGCCUAUGAUAAUAGUGAAAAUGUUGUAGCCAUAACACUAUCUAUUAUAUGUAUGAUCAUUCCGCAAGCCUGUGAUAAAACUGGAAAAUACUUGUCAGAUUUAUUAGCAAUUUAUCUAAGGAUCACUGAAUGGCAAAAUAAUUUGGAAAAAGAAAGGAAGUUAAGUCUUAAAGAGACAGAUCAUGAAAAGAAAGAAAAGUGUGAAAAGGAUGAGAUAAAAGAAGAAGAAUUUAAAAGUGUCGAUUGGGAUAUUUGUAAUCUAGAUCCAAAUACUACGCUAACUAGAACUUCACAAAUCAACUUCAAAAUUGAAUUUGAUUCCAAAUGUUUGAUUACGUUAAUUUACGGAUUAUUUCCAUUUAACUUGACUAAGUUUGCACAAGACCCUAAAAGGUAUUUAACGAAGUAUCCUCCUAGAUUAAUUAAACUUACUGGUAUACCUUCACUUCUGGAUGAAAAAAUCGGACCGAAAGAUGAAGAAAUUAGAAACAAGACCAAGUUCACUUCCAAUAAAAUCAAGUAUUUCCUCAAAGGCUUUAUGUUACAUCCUAACUUUUUGGAUUUUGAACGAGCUUCGCUUCAGCAGGAAUUGAAUUCUCCUAUCAAGUGGCUAUUGGAAGACCGAGAGGGAGAUGAUCUUAGAGUAGAAGAGAUUGCAUUGGCAUGCUUGGGCUUAAAUCCUGAAUUAAUUAUUUCCAUUCCUGACUCACUCAUGGAUCAACCUCGGUUAAGCAAUAAUGGUAAAUCGUACCUGAUUGGACGUAUUGCAUCUAAUGCCAACUACAGCAGUAGAUCUGAUUUACAGCAACUCCAAAAUCUGUAUGAAUCCAGACCUUCGUCAAUAAGGGGCCCCAUAUACAUAAACCCGAAAGAUGGGGGAGCAGAUACAUCUCAGUUUCAACAGUAUCUUUUCAAUAUGACUAGGAAAGCUUCACUAGUACCGAGCACUUUGGUGGAUAACAGCUACAACCAUGCUACCCCUGGUAGAAAUCAUUCAUAUACUAGAAAUUUUAGUAAUAGUAACGAUAUUAGGUUUAAGGAAGUUAUUUUCAAUGAGGAAGACUCCGAGAAAGCUGGCGAAAUCAAUCAUUCGAAACUAUCUGAAGAAAAAAGUGCCCAUUCUAUUCCACCAGACUCCGAUGAACUUGUAUCGAAUGAAGCAUUAAACGAAUUGUUUUCUACCCACGAGAAACUUUAUAUUGCAUCUCCGAAGUACUCAUCCGUAGGCUCUACUACGGUGGCUACUACCACAGCAGUGACCAAUGCCAAUGCGUCCAAAAGAUCUUCAUAUACUUUACAAUCUCCAACGGUUCUGAACUUUGACAAGUCAACUGACAUAUACCCGUUCAAUUCACAACAGUCACAACAAUCUCAGGAUGGAACAGCAAUUGAUUUUUAUCUGCGUGAAUUAUUGUUAAUGAAAAAUGAGUUGGACUUUUCAAACUAUUUACAACAAUUGAAUAAAUUCAAAUAUGCUCAAUUGAAAUUGAAAAUGAAUAGAUUGUUGCGUGAAGCUGAUCUACAUUUCCAAUCUGCUGAAAAUAAGAAUAAUUUGUUGAAAAUCAAGAACCUUCAAGAGACAUGCGUAUCAUUUAGUGAAACAAUCCAACAGCUUCAAAAGGAAUUUGAAGCAGCCAGCGCUAAGAAUAGAAGUGAAAUUAUCGACUUGCUUUCAAAGCAAAAGAUAAUACAUGAAGAAAACAAUGAUUUGAAAAUUAAAUGUAGUGCAGUCAAUAGCCAGUUACAAGACUAUAAGACAAACUUGGAAGAAUUGGUGCAAAAGAUAAUCCCUGAAAAGGAUAUUGAAAUAGAAAGAUUGAGGAAAAAGUCACAGAUUGAUUUAAUUGACAACCAUACACUACCUUCCACUCCGUCAACUCUCCCUAGCCCUGGAAGUAGCCGUGAAAUUUCGACCCCAGUGGUUGAUGGCUACUUUGAUAAAAGUCCAUCACUUGAAUUAAGUGAACAAGAGAAAAAGAUUCAUGGUUUACGAACUGAAGUAUUAAUGGCAAAUGAAAAGAAUGCUCAACUUAAUGCGGAGAUAAUUAAACUUCAAGAUCUCUUCGAUAUCAACAGCAAAUCCUACGAACAGAAAAUCGCAUCAUUGAAGCACGAAAUCAACUCAAACGCAUCGUCAUACCUUGGACAAUACGAAAGAAAGAUUCAGGACCUAUCUGCAGCCAUACUUAAGUAUGAAGGAUUAAUUGAAACUAAGAAUACUAAGAUAUUACAACUUUCAACGUCAAGACCAAUAUCAAUCCCUCUAGCUGCAGCGGCGGCAGCAGCAGAGUCGCAAGUGAGGACUUCGAUCCCAAUACACCAUCAACAACAAUCAAAUCAACAAAUUUCACAUCACUUCAAUUCUAGACUACCAUCUACAGGGACUUCUGCUAACUACGACAUAGAUACAAACACCAGAUCAAAUUCAUCGGUGGACACAAUGCCCUCGUCUCCACAUCCAAAUAGCGGCAUAAUGACCCCACAUCUGAUGUCUCAACAGCAACAGCAACAGCAACAACACCAAUUCCAAUAUCCAACUGUUGCUCAGGGCCCACCACCUCGUACCAAUAGUAGCACUUCAGCUAAUUUGCAGCCUAUUGUUAAAGGGAGAGGUGGAUAUCAAAAGAGAGCAAAGAAGCUUAUGUAA